GCCAUAGAAGAAGAAGAAGAAAAAUACUCGUUAGCAUUUUGCCUUCUGCUUACCGGUUAGCAGAAAGUUUGACAUUGUGUGUUUGUGUGAAGUUUCUCGAAGAUGCCAGUGGCAGUCAUGCUGGGAGAACAUUACGAGAAGCUUCUGGAGCAGUGUGAAACUCAGGAGCUGGAGGCUCCAGGUGGCAUUGCGACUCCACAAGUGUACUGCCAGUUACUGGCCCUCUACCUGCUGCACAAUGAUAUGAACAAUGCCAGGUAUCUUUGGAAGCGGAUUCCACAAGCCAUCAAAACGGCAAACCCAGAACUGGCAGCUGUUUGGGCAGUAGGACAGUGUAUCUGGCAGAGAGAUUUCCCAGGCAUCUACAGCGCAAUUGCUGCCCAUCAGUGGUCUGAAGCAAUUCUUCCUGUAAUGGAGUCUCUAAGAGAAUCGACCCGCAGGAGGGCAUAUAGCCUCGUUGCCCAAGCAUACACCUCAAUCAGUGCAGAUGACUUCGCCUCCUUUGUGGGAUACACUGUGGAAGAAGCUGUAAAGGGUGUUCUCAGUCACGGAUGGCAGGCAGAUCCCAACGCCAGGAUGAUAUUACCACAGAAACCAGAUCCACCCCCUGUCUCUUUGGUUCCAAACGAGCAGCAGCUGGCCAGACUCACUGACUACGUGGCUUUCCUUGAGAACUGAUCCCCCUUACCCUUACCCCAACCCCAUCCCCGCCCCGCCCCCACCCAGUUUCCAUCUUCUCAGCUAAACUGUGUGAUUUCAAAGGUCUUAAGUAUGUUCUUCCUGUCUUUGGCAUGCAGGCCUCUCCCAGAUGCUAAUCUUACACUGUGCAUGUGAUUUCUUGAAUUUGGAUUUGAUUUUGCAAUCGUUUAACUUGCUAAUGUUUAGCCUGUGCGCUUUUUUUUAAAAAUAUUUGCUAGCAGAAACAUGAAAUUAUUAUUUAGCAAAAAGAAUCAAUUUAAGUGGUGUUUAAAUUUUAUACAGAAUAAUUUCUUUCUCCUGCACAUGUCAAAAAUGAAUCGCUGGACAGUUUCCAUGUUUAUGAUGAGUAAUUUCUCCUUAAAUCCCGUGCUGUCUAUGAUGUACUCGAGGAGCAUAAAGGACUGUUGUGAAUAUUUUUGCUUAAUGCUAAAAGUGCAUUAUGAAGGUAUAAUGAGAGUACAUAUUUGAGAAAACAAACCAUGCAUGUGUCCUAUGUCAGACAUAUGGACUGUACAUGUAGGCAUGGAGUAUUAAUACGGAAGCUUCCUGUGCAUUAGGGAUAAAUCGAAUACAACUGCUGCAUGUAUUGAAAUAAGGUUUAACGUUUGUGGCCAGCAUUCACAGAAUGCUUAAAGACCAUAUCUAAACUUUUUCCUUCGACCUUCUUGAGGAAGUUCUUUCUCUUUUACCUGUUACUUGUCUGUGAUUCUCAUGGUUCUUGUUUUACUUUGAUUGGAAGUUGUAUUUUUCCACAGAAAUAAGCACAAAUAAUGAACAUACAAUGAGACAAUGUUGUCCAAGGUCUGUGUUGAUGUAGUAGCAUGAUAGUUUGUCAUUUCUACAGUCUGUACAUGAGGCUGUUUUUUUUUUUUUUUUUUUUAAAUCUUGUGUGUUUCUUUUCCAAAGGGGAAUGGGGGUGGCGUGGACAUGACAUAAAAACAUCUGGUGUUGGCAAUCAUAGACAGCUUUUACCACAUAACCUAGUGUGAAAGCAAAGGCUGGAGUUUUAUGCAGAUCUUCAACAGACGCAAAUGAUAAAAGGAAAAAGAAACCAA